AUGGUGGUGGUGGCGAAGUUCUCUGAAGACCUCGAAGUGGAGGAGCAGCUCGUGAGGCCGCUGCAGCAGGGCCACUCUGCCGAGGUCGUGGCCACCGCUGCAAAGCCGCCACCGGGGGAUGUCGACGCCGACGCUGCAUUGAAGAUCCACAGGAGCAAGGGAGGCGGGUUUGUCGCGUCCCUGGACGUGCAGGACUUCUCCCCACAGGACCUGGCCGUGAAGGUGUCUGGAGACAAGCUGGUGGUGGCCGGACGGCGCGAGGUGAAGAGCGGAGAAGUCAGCAGCGGCAGCUACAGCCACAGCUGCCAGGAGUUCCACAGGGAGACGCAGCUGCCCAGGGACGUGGACCCGCAGAGCGUGAGCUGCUGCUUGACUGAAGACGGGAAGCUGAAGUUCAAGGCUCAGCGCCGCGCCCUCCCUGCAGCGGCCGAGAGGGUGGUGGUCAUUGAGCAGCCAGCGACAGCGACUCCUGGCACGGCCUCUCAGUCCACUGGCACCACUCACGCGUAGAGUGGCGCCUGGAGGAUCCAUUCCAGCAACCUGCUUUAUUGAUGUUUUAAUUGUAUGGAUAUUUAGUUAAAUCAGUUUCUUCUAUCCACGCAAUGUUCAGUAAUAUUUACGUGUUUCAGCGUUCACAUUC